CCGAGCUGCUGGGGCCCGCGCCCCGCGCCCGCCAGUCAUGGUGGGUCACCUGCAUCUGCAGGCCAUGGGGGACACGCGGGAGCAGAGCCGCGACGGCUUGCUGGACAGUCCCGAUUCAGGACUGCCCCCCAGUCCCAGUCCUAGCCCGCCCUUCUACGCCCUGUCGCCGGGCACCCUGGACACCCGUGCCACCACCGAAGCUCCAGCGGCUACUACUACCCUCUUCCAAACGCCCCCAGCCCUGGAGAUGAAGUCACGCUUGCUGCCUGUGUUCUUUGGGGAGAGCAUCGAGGUGGACCCAGAACCUGCACAUGAAAUCCGCUGCAACUCUGAGGUCACCUACGCCUCAGAGAGAUACUUCCGCGACAAGAUCUUCUACGCUCCGGUGCCCACGGUCACGGCCUACAGCGAGACCAUAGUGGCGGCGCCCAACUGCACAUGGCGGAGCUACCGCAGCCAGCUGACCCUGGAGCCUCGCCCACGGGCCCUGCGCUUCGGAAGUACCGCCAUCAUCUUUCCCAAACUGGCCCGCAGCUCCUUCCGCACCACCCUGCACUGCAGCCUCGGCCAGCCACGGCACUGGUAUUCCUCCAGCCUGCAGCUGCGGCGGUGCAGGGACCCCGCGCCCGGUCCUGGCGGUCCCGACGUCCUCUGAGGAAGCCCAGUGUCAGAGGAGGAGCUGAGUGUGGGAGAGGUUCAGGGUCAGGCUACCACCACAGGCUAGGCUGUGCCCGAGCUCCAGCCUAGAGGAUUCUGUGUAUGCAUCUUUCAUUAGCCUUUAAAGGCUCUAUGGCCUUAAGGGCAGGGCCAAGCAUGUCCUGGUGUGCCCUUCAGGCAAAGACGGCCCUAUGUACCACAGGGCACUCAGCCAUGGCCUGGCUCGCAACCUCAAUUCUUGGAGAGGCUCGUUUCCAAAAUAGGCCGUUUAAAAAAAAACCAAAAACCGCUCAUUCCAGCUGAGAACCGCAGGUGCGUGUGGAGGACUGAGCUAGCUUACCUUGACCUGAGAUGGCAAAGGCUGGGGGUACCCAGAACACAUUGUCUGCUGUGCAGGGCGCAGCCCUCCCGGGUGGCCCACAUGUCCCCCACAAGACGCAUUCCCGACUAGCUUAGAACUCUUGAGCCUCAAUCAAAGCUCUCUGGCAGGUGCCCAGAGAGGCUUCAGAGCAAACGAUGGGACACGGCCAAUACCUGCCUAUGGCUGACUCGACACGGCCAAUACCUGCCUAUGGCUGACUCUGGACUUGAGCCUAUGGCAGGGCUCAGAACCCCAAGAGAAGCUGUGUCUGUUUUUCUUGGCCCCCCCACCCCCGUUCUUGCUUAGGAUGGAUCCUACCGCUACACCAGUUUCCGCUCUUGCCCACAACCUGGUGCUGUCCCAUGGUGCCCAGGCUAAAACGGGUCCCCGAGUCUACUUGAGAGGUAGAGAGAUGUCCCUUUGUCUCAACUGUCCAGUAGCUACCUACUGCCGCCGUGGUGGCCCAGAGGGAAGGGAUACUCUGUGGGGCAAACAGAACCCAAAUGACUGAUAGAUUUCUACCCAUCUAUUAGCUUAUCUGAGGUGCUCCCUGGUUAA